AUGAGCGUGUCUGCAGCCCCGUCAGCUACCUCAAUCGACCGCUAUCGGCGGAUUACGAAGCUCGGGGAGGGCACGUACGGAGAGGUUUACAAGGCGAUUGAUACGGUCACGAAUGAGACCGUGGCGAUUAAAAGGAUUCGGCUCGAGCACGAAGAGGAGGGGGUUCCAGGGACUGCAAUUCGGGAGGUGUCUCUCCUUAAGGAGCUCCAGCACCGCAAUAUUAUCGAGCUCAAGUCCGUUAUCCAUCACAAUCACCGUCUCCAUCUGAUCUUCGAGUAUGCCGAGAACGACCUGAAGAAGUACAUGGAUAAGAACCCUGAUGUAAGCAUGCGCGUGAUCAAGUCAUUCUUGUAUCAGCUCAUCAAUGGAGUCAACUUCUGCCACAGCAGACGCUGCCUCCACCGAGACCUGAAACCUCAGAAUCUGCUCCUCAGCGUCAGCGAUGCGUCCGAGACCCCUGUCUUGAAGAUAGGGGACUUUGGCCUGGCGAGAGCGUUCGGCAUUCCCAUUCGUCAGUUCACACACGAGAUAAUCACACUCUGGUACAGGCCGCCCGAGAUCCUCCUUGGCAGCAGACACUACAGCACGUCUGUCGACAUUUGGUCCAUUGCAUGCAUCUGGGCCGAGAUGCUGAUGAAGACACCCCUCUUCCCCGGCGACAGUGAGAUUGACCAGCUUUUCAAGAUAUUUGAGGUACUCGGGCUCCCCGACGACACAACGUGGCCUGGGGUUACGGCCCUCCCAGAUUGGAAGCAGAGCUUCCCGAAGUUCCGGGGGAAGACUCUCAAGAGAGUUUUGGGGGCUCUUCUUGACGAUGAAGGACUCGACCUCCUCACUGCCAUGCUCGAGAUGGAUCCCGUCAAGCGCAUUAGCGCGAAGAACGCUCUCGAGCACCCGUACUUCUCCCACAACGAUUUUGACCCUUAA